GAUGAUUCAGACCGAAUCUUGAAGCCUUACUUAUACACGACAAACGUACCUCUGGUGUAUCAAGUUAGUCCUCAAUUGAACAUCAACCGCAAUGAUCUCACUGCCCCUCGAUAUCCAAGUUCUAAUCCUCCCCUUCCUCACCUCAACCUCCCUCAUCUCACUCUCCCAAACCAACCACCAUUUCCGCCACCUGAUCGACCCCCAAAGAAAACAAUUCCUAGACCGCCUCCUAGAACUAGAAUGCCUCCCCGAAUACGGCGGCGAAAUAACAAUCAACGAACACGCCAAGAUCAUCGUUCCCUCAGAACCAGUCUCCUACGCCUGCACCCACUGCCUAAAAAUCAUCCCCCACACCCGCUUCGACAACCACGCCCUCCUCCGUCUCCGCUUCCGCAAACCACCUCCUGAAUCCAGAGUCCGCCAACGGCUCUGCGACUGGACGAGCGGUGAUGCCAAAGCACGGGGUUUAAAGAGACAAGCUGACCUCCGAAACGAUACGCUUGAGAAUUGGAUCAACCAAAACUUCGCCUCCGAUAUCACAGUAUCGAGGUUGCAAGAGCUUUAUAAAAUAGGCACACACCGCAACAGACGCCUCUGCAACGAAUGCAAAUUCACCACAGGUUUCUGGGCCAGAAAUGCUGGUGUCCGGAGCCAGAGCUGGAGAGGCAAGAGUCGAAGCUCGAAUAUAGGCACGGCCAACGUCCCCGUGGUCAAAGGACGCCAGCGCAGAUGUCACGAUUCGACUGAGCGGUAUUUUCCCGGUCUAUUUCCUGUCGCUGCUGAUGCGGAGUACCCAUGGAGGUGGAAGAUCUACCGCGAGGAGAACUGCGACUGGUGGACUCUAUGGUCCAUUCGCUGUCCUGGCUGCGGUACCUGGCAGGAACGAGCAGCAUUCCGGAAAGGCAGCGGGUACGGCGUGAAAGCGACGCCUGCGGACCCAGAUGAGUUCCGGCAAGCUGGCUGGGACGGGCCUCAUUUCGAGGAUUGGAGAUGUAACUCUUGUUUUGUAACGUCUGUCGGGAAAGAGGAACUAGGGAGGCAGUUAUUCGCGUUCUGGAAGAAACUCGCCGACUUCGAGAUUACCAUGUUCAACCAGCUCCUUCCGGUCGGUUGGUAUGCCGUUGACGGAAUUGAGCGCGCAACUGAGGGAAAGCACUCGUGGGAGCAGAUAGUGAAGCAAGAUAGCGUCUCUUCGCAAUUGCUGCGGCGGAUUCCUGACGGGAAAGAAAUCGCGAAGAUGGAUGUGGAGCAAAGGAGGCACUAUUAUGGGGUUUUGAAGAGGUGGCUUGAUGGAUUGGAUGGACCGACAGCGGUUUUAAGUGAGGUGAUGGAUAGGCAUUGGUUUCGGCCUUGGUCGAAGGAGUACUUGAUUUUGGAGAAGAGGAUUGAGGAUUUGGGAGCCUGCACGAAGAUUCUGGAAGCAGAUACUGACAGACUGGUUAGAUUUGCUCUGGACGGAAGUGCAUCUCGGGUAUGAAGGAUGUUGCUGUACUCCUAUAAAGAUUCAACAGUUGCUUUGCUCGCAGAUUAUAGCAAUAAUUUAUCUGUUGAAUCUAUGGCAACAGGCGCGAGACUUGGGCAGUGCGUAAAUCUCAAUGAAUUCUUGUUUGAAGUCAAGUUUAGAAGUGCUGCUUUGCACUCAUGGAGUAUCACAAAGGGUAGUAGUUUCAAAAUGGUGAUGUGAUGCCAUAGGACUUAGUGACUGUACAG